AGAACUAAAUGGCGGCGAUGGAGUCAGUGAAGAAGGCGAACGCUAGACUAAGAAACUAUCCAGUGUUGAUGGGAAAGUGUGGCGAGGCGGCCGCCAAAUAUGCCGCUUGUGUGACCAAAGACUUCAAUGUGAAGCACAAGAGUUGCCAGAGUGAGUUUGACGCCCUCAAGUCCUGUCUUCAGCGCGCCGCGAACAGCCUCAAGACGCGCUUGUGA